CGAAAGUAGAGUUGAGUUUGUUUUGCGGGAGAGUUCGGGUUGUACCGUUGUUUAGCUCGCUACGUUAUAAGCUGGAAAAUGGAUACAAGAAAGAACUUAAAGAAGGAAAACAAGGAGAAUGCCAAACCAGAAAGUGGACCCAUUAAGUCCUUAAUCUCCAGAGCUGCUCCUACUAAAUCUGUGGCUGCUCAGUCUUUGCCUUUCCAUUUUAAAUAUAAAAGGGAGAAUUUGGGAAAGGAAGAUUCUGUGAAGGUCAAGACUGAGCAGAAGGGAGGAAAGGCUGCACCCGCUGGUGAUAUGAAGAGACGAAACACUCUCAGUCAAGCAUUUCUAACAAAACAGGCUGUCAGACAGAGAAAACUAGUUGCAGAGGCCACUAAACAUCCAGCUACUGCCCCAACUAAACCUGUCCCUGGCACCUACAAAGGCAAAGUUGUCCAAUCCAGAAUAAGCUCCUUUAGGAAGCCUGGUGAUCUGGAGGGAGGGGUAGAAAGUAAAGCAACAAACACCUUGGUACAGAAAGCUGAAAGCCGAAAGCCUGGAAACUUUACUACCGUCAGGUCCAAAUCUGUUACUGACUUGCCUGGCCGUGGACGGUUCAGGUCCACUCAGUCAUGUCAACCCUCAAGAUCCAAGUCUGUAUGCGAUGGACCACCUCCGAUUUCAAAGUUCGCAGUCCCAUCUUCCUACCGUCCUGGAGGCUCUCGCUGUGCAGUACCUUCUGCUGUGAGCUCCAAAGUGAACGAGCAGCCACAGAGCACCAAGCCUAAGAUGACUGGGACAAUGGACAAGAAGGUUCACAAACCUCCAGUUUCCAGCAGCUUAAGCCAAUACAGGGCUAACACUGAGACUGCUGAAGAAAGAAGGGCAAAGCUGGCGGAAUGGCUGGCAUCCAAGGGGAAAGUUCUGAAAAGGCCUCCCAUAUCAGCAGUUGCACCAAGAUCUAAACAAGUUCUGAAGCCAGAAAAUAAAAUCCACCCCGAAGUUGGUCAACAAGAGGUCAGAGUUGUUGAGCCUGAACCAUCUGUUCAGCCCAAAAACAACCUGGUUGUCUCUGAGCAGAAGGAAACCUGCACCGCACCUCCACUAAUAAUGAACACAACACUGGACCUGCUUGACAACUCUGAUACAGACUUUCUUCCUGUUGAUCCAGAGAUCAGAAUGAAUGAUGUUGUGGUCAAUCUUUGUGAUGCUUUGGAGGCAAUGGAGAUACCCUCAGCAUGUGCAAAUGAAGAGCCACAGGAGAGGAAAUAUGAAUCAGAGGAGGAGAAAAUGGAGAGCAAGCCAAACAAGAAAUUUGAUGAGGGAAAGGAAUCCUCGGAGAAUACUUCUAACUGUUUUGAUGAUGAAAGUGAAGUAGGAGCUUCGGAACCGAAAGCGAGGAAGGGUUAUUUUAAGGAAGUUCAAAGUGACUGCCAGAUGGAGAAAACACCUGAAGCAGAAGGAGCCUCAAUGGUGAAAUACUGUGUGAAGACUACUCCAUACCUGCAAAGUGUUAAGAGGACAAUUGACGGUGAAACAUGUGGAAGUGCAUCCAGACGAAAGAGUGCUAUCAAGGAUCUGAAAUUCCUGACGCCAGUCCGUCGUUCCUGUCGCAUCCAGCGCAAGUCGUGCCGCCUGCCUGGGAUGCUGGCAGACCAUGACACCUGUGUCUCUUCGCUGGCUGAGCUAGUGAACCUGGAUGAUGAUGCCAAUGCCUACAUCUACAGGAGGAACCCUGCCAUUCUGGGUGACCUGCCUGACCAUCCCAAAGACCUAGAGAGGAUCUAAAUGUUAAGAUGAGUUGGAUGAAUCAAUCUUGAUGAUGAAUAUGUAAAUGGGCUCUUUACAUAAGUGAUUGUGAAACUGUUUGCCAUCCCAUCGUCUGCAAUAUUUCAUACAAAUUGUGCUGUAUGAAACAUGGUCUGCAUGACCACAUAUUAAUAAUACUAAUCCACCAAGACUGUUUACUGCUUUACUUAAUGCUGGUGUAUU